AUGUUAUCGAAUGAAAGCUUAAACUUUCCAUUUGCUUUUUUUCUCUUCCAACGUUCAGCCAUUGAGUCACUUGGAAAAGUUAUAUUUAAGCGUCCUUCGGGAACUUUCAUACCUACAGGUAGAAAUUUUGUCGGUUUAUUUUCGGAAGAUGACAUACAUGAAUGGGAAAUUGAUAAAGAAUGGCAAGAUGUUACAACAAUAACACCCAGUUUUUGUCUCUCUAAUCUUCGCGAAGCAGAAAUACAAUUGAUGAUGACAAAUGAGAUGGGCAUGAAGCAGUAUCGUUAUGAGACGAAGCGAAUAAAAUGA